AUGGCCGUCGUGUCAAUGGGGGGAACCGGCGACGAGAACGGCGGAAACCUAGUCUUCCACGACUUCCUGGGGAUAAGCCAUGGGGAGGCGCCUCCGGCCGUCCGGAGCAAGGGCGGAGUCGGCGACGGGAGUAGAGGCUUCAAGGUGCUGGGGAUCGCCGAUGCCCGUGCUUCUAUGUCGGCGUCCGUUGGGGCCUCCUCUGGCGAGCGAGGGCUCGUCUCCCGGACCUCCGAUCUAGGUCCAGGUUGGGGCUGGUUUCUCUCCUUCGGUUUGCUUUUUCUUUCCGAAUUACCUCUUCGUCCCCCUCCCUCCCCUAAUGAGCUCGAAUUUCUGGAAGAAUUGACCAAUUUCGGUUUCUGAUUAUGCCGAUGUGUUUUCUAUUUUCGAUUUAUGCCUUUUUGACCUCUGCUGAGUCAAUGAAGUUUUAUCAAGCCUGGUACUGCUUUCGGCAAUGUUAUAGUUUACUGCUCUAUCUUUGACCGCAUAGUUUCCACCUUCCUACUCCGAUCAAUUUUUGUCCAUUCUUCUCAUGUUACUGUUAUUCUCGAAAAUUUACUAGUGCAUCUGUUAUUGUUGGUGUCUCCAUCCUCUCUUGAACAAGGCUUUUGGCCCUUGUUUUGAGUAAAAUUAUCCUUCUAUGUGGGAUUUAAAAACUUAGUUAUUUUACUAUUCUCUUUCAGUACGUGUUCAUAUUAUUGUUUGCACAGACUGAACGGGCUUCUGCACAUUUGUGUAUUCGGAAUAUGUGAACAAUAUUCUGUUCCCGAUGGGUUCCAUCUCGUUUAGCUUCUUUGAUGUUGUUGAGUUUCAGUUGGCUGCAGCUUUUAGGCGAAGGAUAGCCGUGUUGUAUAUUAUUUUCUAGCUCAAUAUUACUGAAGGCAGAUUCUUCCAACAUUUCUAGCGACUAUUUUGGAUUCCACCAGGCCUAACAUUCUCUCAUUCAUUCGCACGUCCUCUCUUUCUGAUUUUGAUCAGUUUCUGUGGGGCAUCUCGUUCUUAUGUUUUAAUGAUAAUAAUUUUUCUAUACUUCCAACUUUUGUCGUUCACGUGGAUGGAUCUAAUAUUUCUUUCAAAAUCAUGAUGGAUAUUAUUGCUGUUGUCAGAGCAGCUUACAAACUAGUAAUUUGUUGCCGUUGAUCCUGAUACCACGAUUCUCAGAUUUUUACACUUUGUUAUACUGUCCCCCUUUUCAUUUCUUUGUCAAUUUGGUGAUACCUUUUCACAUCUGCUUUUAGUGUGAUCGAGAGAGUCUUCAUGUAUGAACUUUGUUUUUUUCCCUGGGAUUUAGGCAGAAUGUUCGAAUGUUGUUGAAUCCUCUGCGGGUUAUGAUUCUUCCUAAUCUUUGUAACAUCUCCUAAACAGUCGUUUAGGAGAAUGUUCCAAUGUUGUUCGGAUGUUCCUUUGUCCUUCAUAUUUUCGGUAGCCAUGUUUUCUUCCUUAUCUUCCGUGUAUGUAUUCAUUUUGUGGUAUUUUCGAUUACGAUGCACUAUCUCGUGCUAGACUUACCGAAAUCCAACAUCUCCUAAACAGUCGUGGACCUAUGAAUUGUCUUGUCCAUGGCCAGGUUAAUGAUGGCCAUUGUACCCUAUAACCCUUUCUUGUGUAUAUCGUUAGUCUUAUUUAUCAUUUUAAACAAAUCCGUUUUCAAGAGAAUAUUAUUGUGGCUUUACAACUGUGAUACCACUUUCACUAUGAUACGGAGCGCCAAAUAGAUUUUCACAUGAGUUCCCUGCAGUCUGGCCAUUUUGGCAGGACUGUGUAGUCUUCUGUUCGCAUCGUGAAGAGUUUCCUGGUCACACAAAAUCAUUACGAUGUUUUCUGUUUCUCAUGUAGCCAGCUCUACCUUUUCAGCUCUACAGCAGGCGGAUACCAUUUGAUGAAGCUCAUCUGUUUGUCUUUCAUUUCAUUAGAAAAGGCGUUGUGAUCAAUUUGAACUUCCUAAUUUUAUAAUAGGCAUGAUUCUUCAGGGUCAGAGGUAAAUAAUCAUUUUUCGGGAAGAAAAAGGGCCAAUUCAGAUUCAGCCUUUAUGGGUUUUCCUAGAGAAAGAAUGGCUCCUAUGGCUUCAGGUUCCCCUGAAAGCUCAAGCAGGUUGAAGGUAUGGAUAACUUGUCGUAUCCUCGUUGGUUUGGACUCUAUUUCUGCUCUCUUUUGGUCUAUUUCUUGCUCAUCCUGGUAAUAGUACCUUGCUGAACAGGUUCUCCCAAAGGAAGACCCGAAGGAAAAGCAAAGAAGAUCAAGUGAUGAUGCUGUCUUUGGCACCCAACCUUCACCUCGGCUGACCUCUACAUCUCUCAUAAUACAUCAACCUCUUGCUGGUAGAGCUGAUCCAGUUGGGUCGAAAUGGGAGCAAUCCAUGCCUUUAAACUCUGGUGCAAUGAUGCACUACACUUCAUCUUUUGGACAAAAUAUGAUGCAGAGGGAUAAACUUUCGUCGUGCACAUACAAAGACUCCAAUACCAGUGUCCCUCUAAUUUCACCGGCUGCGGCAGACGAAGGCUCCAGAACAGGGACUAAAAAUGGUAGAGUCUUGAAUGCCAUUAAUUCUGGUGGUGUUUCUGGUGAGAGAAAAUCUGUGGGGGCAUUGCAUUGCAUCGAUAAAGCAAUGGCCAGUCCUCGAAUCACUGAGUCUGAUCCUUCUAACACAUUGAGGUGAGUUCGCUAUAGUUUAUUUCGGAAAUUGAUAUUAGUUUAAAAGGCUGCUGUGAAAUACAAAGCUUGAUCGAAUUCAUGGCGUGACAUAUUCGUUUUUAUAUUUUCAGCCGCAGCACCUUAGCCACUGCUAAUCGGCAAAUGACCAUAUUUUAUGCUGGACAAGCACAUGUUUUUGAUGAUGUUCCCCCAAAUAAGGUCAGUUUAUACUCUUUUUUUUCGCAUCAUUUUCGUGGUCAGGCUAUUGGUUAAAUUCUAUCAGGCGAAUGUCUGAAUAGACUUUAUAUUCAGCUUCCCAUUCAUAGUAUGAUCUAUGAUUUAUCAUUCAUGGACGUUGAUAAGAUCCUUCCAUUUAGCAGCACCUUAGGAUGGCAUAGCCUUAACGUUAAUGGCGAGGUUCAAACGAGGAAAGGCUUACGGUGGAUACCUAGGCACCCAGAGACGAGGAAGGGCGUAGCAAGCGACGAAAUGCUUCGGGGAGUUGAAAAUAAGCAUAGAUCCGGAGAUUCCCGAAUAGGUUAACCUUUCGAACUGCUGUUGAAUCCAUGGGCAGGCAAGAGACAACCUGGCGAACUGAAACAUCUUAGUAGCCAGAGGAAAAGAAAGCAAAAGCGAUUCCCGUAGUAGCGGCGAGCGAAAUGGGAGCAGCCUAAACCGUUUCACCUUGUGGCACAAUUGUUGAUAUUGACUUCAGUGUUCAGAUUAUCAUCUUCUCCUUGUAUUGUUGCCCCGAUAAUAUUGAGCUCAUAUAUCUUCUUGGUAUCCUGACAAUGACUUGGACUACCUUGUUUGUGUUAAGUUCUGAGAAAUAGAAUCACUUUUAGAAAAUGCCACUCAAUGGAAUUAGCAGUCCACCGUGGGUAGCUAACCAGAACCAACUAUAGUCUUUGUUCUCAGUUGCAUUUCUGAGAGGUAUUAAGGUGAAUAUAAUGGUUUUGCUUAGUAUGUAGUUGUAGUUCUGCAAAAAAACAGGUUGAACUGACUCGCAAUGUCAUUCUUUCCUGACCAUUGGCACGGUCUCACAAUGCUGCAUUAGUGGCCAAAGCAGUACCUCAAGGCCAGAAGUUCAGGCACAGGUUUCUUUGUACAAUCUUAACUUCAUAUGAAGGUGUAUACUAGUUCGUCGUCAUUUUAAAACAGUGAGACGAAUGAAAACCUUUAGUUUUCAGUUUGGCAUCAAGGUUUGAGAUAUUAAUCAGUCUUGGGUUACGAUUCCCUAUGGCAAUAGCGCCAUAGAUAUUAUAAGCCCUUAGUUUUUCUGAAAUUGUUAUCCUUCUGUCUCUCUCAAAGCUGAGUCGUUUUUCUUGUCAUGAGAAAGUGCCGAGCAAUAGCGCAACAAAAGAGUCCGGUCUGGAUCUGCGAGACUUUGUGAAAAGGUGGCUUGUGCUGGGUUUGCUGCUACAUGAGGGCAGAACAACCGCUACUUUCUUUUGUACUGGACUUCUAGUUACACACUGCUCCAGCAGACCUUGUCCGCCCAAGUGUCACGCCAGGCCAGAUGGAGCCCUUUUUGGUUGUUCAUUCUGAUCAUAUUUUUCAGGGCCAAUCCCAGAAAAAAUUGCCUGCAGUAUGA